GUCGAGCGUCGGCGCUAGCCUUAAAAAACACAGCAGGCGCUGGACCCGCGCUGAUGAAGGGCGGCCAUGGACAAAGCUCCGGGCCGAUGGCUGCGACGCCCGCUGGCGCCGCUGCGGCUGGCGCCUCGCCUGGUGAAUUGGCUGUUGGCCGCCUACGCGGCGUCCAGCAUGCAGGGCUGCCUGCCCCCCGACUGGUCCUUCUGCGACUGCGACUUUCGCGACAACUUCUGGAACAGCAUCCUGAACGACGUGCACAUGCUGUGGGACGUCAAAGACGCCGACGACUUCGUGCGGCGCGCGCGAGACAACCGGACGCUGCAGGGCCGAUAUUUGCAGUCGCCCCCGGAGGAUCUCAACUGCCCGGUGGCGCCGGUGGUGUUCUGGAAGGCCUGGCCGCAGUACGGCAUCACCCGAGGCCUCAUCGAAGGAUCCAUGGGUGAUCUCUGGAUGCCCGGAGCCAGGGAUCGCUUCAAGCAGGUCUGCAUCGCAGGGCACCUGGCCCUGCUCUGCGUUUGCUCGCAGCACUUCCUGGUGAAGGCCGGGAAGGCCCAGGAGGCCGGCGACCCGGACCACAUGAAGUGGCUGGAGGCCUCCUAUUCUCACAUGGUGGCCAUCCGGAACCUGGGCCAGGCGUAUCAGAUCCGGAACUGCAUGGGCCAGCAGGGCUGGUCCCUGGAUGUGGGCGCCUUUCACAAGUACACCGAGAGGUGGAUCGGCCGGGAGUCGGAGGGUACCGCGCCGCAGGCGGCCUUCUUCAACGGCCAGGUGGACCCCUGGCAGAUGCUCUUCACCAGGCCCAUGGGCCACCAGGAGGAGAGCCGCAAGGCUGCGCUGCCGGACCGCAAGGUCUGCGUGCCCUACAAGGACCCGGCCUGCUGGAAGCGCAAGAGCCUGUUGCUCAUGGAGACCUGCGAGUAUUGCUGCAGCCCCUUCCAGCACAAGUCCGGCAGGGGCGCGGAGAUCUGCUGGGAUGGCGAGUGGACCUAUGAGCGGUGCUGCCAGCAGGACUACAAGGACUUGGUCUGCGAGAUGAACCGGAAGGGGGAGGAGGGGGGCUGUGUGGACUGCAAGAAGACGGUGGUGUACAUGUGCCUCACCCCCACGGAGAAGCGCCUCAAAGACGCCCAGAACACCUACAACGAGAAGGUGGACCUCUUCAACAGCAUGCAGGAGAAGAGCGGGACUCUGGCAAAGGAGAUCCGAGAGGUCAAGGAGGACCUGGUGCAGAAGGACCUGGUCUAUCAGGAACUCCACGCCGAUCUCAACGCCAAGCUGAACAUUUGGAACGUGGCCUACAACAACAAGUCCAGGCUGUCCUCGUUAGCCCGCCUGCAGCAGCAGCGGCUCACCUGGAACAACUCCCACGCGGUGUGGGAGGACACACGCUCUGUUCUGAAGGCUGCCCAGGCCGUGACCGCGGAGACCCAGCGGAACUUGUCGGACGCGCGCCAAAGCGAGGAGAUGGGUCGCCUGGCCCUGCAGCGGAACAGCUCGGAGUACCAACGGACGAUGCAGGCCUUCGAGGCGGCCUCCUCGCAGCUGCAGAGGGCCAAGGUGCGCCAGGCGCAGGCCCAGGAGGCGCGCGGUGCCGCGGAGGCCGCCGAGUCCUUGGCCUCAGGCAACGCCAGCGCCGCGGCCAACGCGGCGGCCGCGGCAAACGCGGCGCGGGAGGCGCGGUACGCGGCGACCGCGGAGCCGCUGCGGAGCGCCGCGGCCGCGAGGAACCUCUCGCGGCGCUCCGCGGUGGAGUUGCUCUCAGCACACCAGGAGGCCGAGGCCCGUCUGGCGGCCGCGCGGCGCGCGGCCAGGCCCGCGGCGAAAGCCUCGGGCUGCGACUUCUUCGCGCGGCCGGGCCCGAGGCGCCCGGCGCCGUCUCCGCGCCUGUCGGGCGCGGAGAAGAGCGCCGCCGCGGCCACGGAGGCGCGGAGCGCCGCCGCCGCGGAGCUGCACGCGGCGCAGCGCGAGGAGCGCCUGGUGCGGCGCAUGGCGGCGCGCUGCGGCGAGAAUGGCGCCGAAAAGGUCGAGGUCGAGACCGGGGCGAAAAGCGAGGCCGAGGGCCUGCAGUGCCUGCUCUCCAAGACGCCGGCCAACCGCUCCGCCGAGCCCAAGCUGCCCGGGCAGCUGCCGGCGCAGUGCGCCAAGGACCGGUGCCAAAUCCAUGGCACCUGCACCGUGAGUUUCUGCGAGGGCGACGAGUGCAACAGCAGCUGGUCAGUGGAUGAGCCAAGGGUGUCGGCGCUCACAAAGCAGCUCUUGCAAGCGCGGAAGAUCUCGCAGGAGGCCUUGGCGCAGUCCAGGCAUCAGCUGGGCCUGAACGACAGCGAGGCCACGGAGAUCUACGUCCCCGCGGCGCUGACGCAGGCGGUGGAGGACGCCCAGUCCGCCCACAAGGAGGCGCAGAGCCGGGCGCAGGUGGCGGGCAAGGAGGCCGCCGAAGCCCAGGGGCUGCUGGACCGCGCGAAAGCGGAGGAGGCCACGCUCUUGCAGCGGCAGCAGGAGGAGAAGAAGCGGCUCCCAGACACCCAGGACCAGGAGCGCAGCCUGGGCUCGCAGCUGAGGAUCUGGGAGAUCUAUCUGGAGGCCAACGUGUCUGCGGUGAAGCAAAAGCGCCAGACUUUUGUGGACCUCAGGCGCCGGGCGGACGCCGCGCAGCUGGGCGCGGCCAAGGCGCUGAACGCCUCGCAGCGCGGCUUCGCGGCGCUGGAGGCCGCGCUGAAGGAAGGCGAGGCGCGGAAGCGCGCGGAGGCGGACUUGGCGCGGCGGGUGGCGGAGGCCCAGCGCCAGGUCCAGGCGGCCAACGGCACACUCGCGGACAACCUGACGACGCUGGUCUCAGCCUGGCUGCAGCAGCAGGAGAACACGCAGGCCCAACGCUCCUCCCGCUGGAGCGAGCGGCUGUUGGCCGCGGCCAAGGAGGUGCUGGUGACCAUGGUAGGGUCCUUGGAGAGCUUCCUGGAGAACUACGUGGUGAGCCUUUCCGACAAGGACGCCGUCAUGAAGCUGGUGCAGGCCGUCGAGAAGCAGCAGGAGGCGGAGCUGCAGCGAUUGGCGGCGAAGAAGGCCUCCGAGCAUGCUUUGGAGCAGGUGCGCGGGGCCAAUCUCACCCUGGCGCAGGCGGAGGAUGCCCGGAAGCUGGCGGAGCAGCUGGCCCUGAAUGCCAGCGGAGUGGCGGCGGAGGCCCAGGAAGUGGCCACCUCCGCAGAAAAGGUGCAGAACCUGACGAGGGGCGAAGUGCAGAGCCUGCAGCAGCGGCGGCAAAGCGCGCAGAAGUCCAUUGCAGAGCUGCAGGCUAGCCUUGCAGCCUUCGGGGACAAGCUGGCCGCAGCCAAGGCCAAGGUGGACAGGCAGUCUGAUCAGCUCAGGAUGGCGAACCGCCACGUGGAAGCUGCGGAGGCGGAGAUGAAGCAGGCGGUGGCCGCCCAGCGGGGGGCGGAGGCCGAGGUGGCGAACGCCAAAGCUGCGUUCGUGGGGAGCUCCCUGGCUGAUGCUCGCAAGGAGUGCCGGCCGACGGAGGGGGAGUUCCAGGUGUAUCUCCACUUCCGCGAGCUGCUGAGUUUGGCCAAGCACGUCGUUGUGCGGCGCUUGCUGGGGUUGCAGCUUGCAGACCUCUUCCUUGCAAGGCAGCAAGCCCUGCUGCACGAUGCCCAGGUGGCGGAGGAGGCGCAGCAGGACGCUCUGCUGGACCAGGAGGCCGCCCAGGAGGAGGCAGCCGUGUCGCUGACGGCGGCGGCGGUGGAUCACUUUGGCACGGAGGCGCGGGAGGAGGCGGCGGCCCUUGCGGCGCUGGCCGCGCGGAGGAACUUCACCGCCAGCCAGGAGCAAGUGGAUGCCAUCCUGUCGACCCGAGCUGAGGCGGAUGCAGAGGCGGCGGCCUUUGCUGCAGCUGAAAGCCAAGCGCAGGGCAGAUUGGAGGCGGCCCAGGCGGAGCUGCGGCGGAGGAGGACGGAGCUGGAGAGCGCCGUGAACCAAACCGAGAAGCUGUCGGAGGACUUGCUGGCAGCCCUCCAAGCAGAGGCCGCGGCCAACUCCUCGCUCCGCACCUGCCAGGUGUGGCAGGCGGAGUUCAACGCAUCGCUUCUGCUGGAAAGGAAGGAGGAGCUCUUAGCGGCGGCCAAGGCGGAGCAAGGCCUGCGCGAGGCCGAUGAGGCUGCAGCAGCGCGGCGGGAGGCGUGGAUGCGGUCUUCGGUGCAGACCCACAGCAGGCACUUGGCCCUGCUGGAUGCGCAGGUGCAGCUCCAGGAGAAGGAGAAGGCCAGGGUGGAGGCGAAGGUCGCUUUCGACAAGGCAGAGAAGGAUGUGGUGGACGCGCAGGCGAAGCUGGAUGGCCUGAUGAAGACGGAGGCAGAGACGCACCAGACCAUCACGGAGACCUACCAGGCCCUGGAGAAAUUGAAGCUGGAGCAUGCCGACGCCCAGAAGGAGUACGACCAGCAGGAUCCGCGCGACCGCGAACGCAGCUUCACCACCGCCCUGGACCGCUGAGACCCCGCGCGCGCGCGCGCCGCGCGCCGCGCGCCGCGCGUGCGCCGGCCGGGCGAGAGCCUCUCGCCCGGCCCCGGGCGCCGCGCGGAGGCGAAGUGGAGCAAAAGGCGGCGGG